CACUUUCACACACUGCUAUUUUCAUUAUCACGAUCCUCACUCCUUAGUCACACACUCUCACACACACUGUUGAUUCCGCUCCCUUCUGCUUCUGCUUCUGCAUGAACCUCGGAACAUGCGCCGCGGGUGCACCGUACCCAUGGGUGCACCUUCUGCAGCAACAAGGAAUCGGAAAGAGAGGAUGCGCGAGAGUGAGAGUGAGAGUGAGAGUGAGAGUGGGAGCGAGAACGAGCGGAGGAAUAGAAGGAGAAUCCUCGUACCUGGACAUGUGGAAGAAGGCGGUGGAGAGGGAGAGGAAGAACACGCAAUUCAACACAAUCGCCGACCGCGUCGCAGCGCCGCAGGACGACCACGACGCCGAUUUGGACAAGAAGACCACCGAGUUCCAGAAGCUUCUCCAGGUCUCCUCCGAAGAGCGCGACAGGGUUCAGCGCAUGCAGGUCAUUGAUCGCGCCGCCGCAGCAAUCGCCGCAGCCAGAGCACUUCUUCAGGAGCGCAAUACCGCCGAUCCCGACGCCGCCACCCGCGACGGCGACAUACAUCACGAAUCGGAUUCAGGAAUGGGAGUGCAGAAUAGGGGUAUUCUUGUGUCAGAGUCGGAAAGUCAGAUAAAUGGUGUGCCUGGCCCCGAUUUUUGGUCCUGGACACCCCCUGUGGAUAGUGGCGUUCCUUUAGAUGAUAGCAGUGGGUUGCGGUUAGAUACCAAGUCUUCUGUUCUUCCUACCUUGCCCAGUGCACUUAAAGAGAAGGAAUGGACACCACAAUUUCUCUCUAUUCCGUUUGAGACUGUACUUUCCCAAAGCAAACAUAGUGAUUCUCUUCCACCCUUUGAGUCAUUUUUAGAUGUUGAGGAAGUGAAAUCUGCAUCCGAUCCAGAGUCUCUUUCCGAGUCACCUUCCUUGUCACUUCCCUUGGAAGAGGAACAGAUACACGAUACAUCUUCUUCUGACUAUGCAGCAGAAAUAGCACGUGCCCUUAGUGAGGCCAAUAAAGCGUCACCUAUUGGAGUGAAUCCGGAUGGAACAAGAUGGUGGAAAGACACAGGAAUUGAGCAAAGACCUGAUGGUGUGCUUUGCAGGUGGACAAUGAUCAGAGGUGUUAGUGCUGACAAAGCUAUUGAAUGGCAAGAGAAGUACUGGGAGGCUUCUGAUGAUUUUGGCUAUAAGGAACUUGGUUCUGAGAAAUCCGGACGUGAUGCAAAUGGAAAUGUUUGGCGUGAAUUUUGGAGAGAAUCCUUCAGUCUGGAAAAUGGGGUUAUGAAUUUCGAGAAAACUGCAGACAAGUGGGGAAAAAAUGGUUACGGUACCGAGUGGCAGGAAAAAUGGGGGGAACGCUACAAUGCCUCUGGUCAAACAGAAAAAUGGGCAUACAAGUGGUGCAGUAUUGACCCAAACACACCACUUGAUCCUGGGCAUGCUCAUGUUUGGCAUGAAAGGUGGGGUGGUACAUAUGAUGGGUAUGGUGGGAGCAUAAAAUACACUGACAAAUGGGCUGAGCGAUCAGUGGACGGUGGAUGGGAGAAAUGGGGUGACAAAUGGGAUGAGAAUUUUGAUCCAAAUGGUAAUGGUGUGAAGCAGGGAGAGAAGUGGUGGGCAGGGAAGCAUGGAGAACGAUGGAACCGAACAUGGGGUGAGCACCACAAUUGUUCUGGUUGGAUUCACAAGUACGGCAAAAGCAGUUGUGGGGAACACUGGGACACACACGUAAGAGAAGAUACGUGGUAUGAGAAAUUCCCUCAUUAUGACUUCUCUCACUGCUAUGAAAACUCCGUCCAGCUCAGGGAAGUUCCUAAACCAUCUGAAAUGCAGCAGCAAGUUCAGGAACCUUCCCUUCCAAAAACAUCUGAAAUACAGCAAGUUCAGGAACCGUGAUUUCCAUCGUCUUGAGUUGAGCAUGGGAAUACGCUAACUUGUAUGAUGAAUGAUAUGAUCAUAUCUACAAGUUUAAGGACUCAAUAAUAAGUUCCUUCUUUCCAAUAUAAUAGUUAUUUAUAUACGUAUCUAUACAUAUGUAUUUCAUCAAUAGAUGUUUUUUCGAUUUCACA